GGUGGUAUAUUUGAUAUAGAUGAUGGAAAUGCUUAUUCCGCUUCUGAAAAGGCAUUCAAUAUGGCGAUCGCGGAAAUAAACGCUGACUCAGCAAUACUUAAUGGCACUACCCUUGAAGGAAUAAGCAAUACAACUGCGCCCCUAGAUGUAAAACGAAGUGUGGACAGCGGUGAGUUGUUAAAAUACAUGCACCUGAAUCACUUGUAAAAUUCAUAAAUAUUUUAAACCCUUUUUGUUCCAAUGUUAUUACAGGAGGAAACCUAAACUAAACUAACUUUAUUUAUACUGGAUAGCUCUAUCAGUUCUAAACUGUUCUUCCUAGAGAUCCAGUAAGGAUCAUCUCUUAAUGAUCCAGUGUUUCUACAGGAGGAAACCUAAACUAAACUAACUUUAUUUAUAAUGGACAGCUCUAUCAGUUCUAAACUGUUCUCCCUAGAGGUCCAGUAAGUGCAAUCCUUAUUGAUCUAUCCAGUGUUAAUAUAUUCCUUUUAUUCCUUUUCGUGAAAAAGUAUUAGGAAUGCUCAUUUAUCAUACCUGUAUUUUCCAGCAUGUUACCAGAUAAAGCAAGGUGUUGUCGCAGUUAUCGGACCAGCACGUUCUAAUGUUGUCAAAGCGGUCAACUAUAUUUGUUCCGGCUUGAAUCUACCUCAGAUCGCGUUUGCAGCCAGCGACCACUCCCUGUUCCUCAGCUAUCAACAAUACCCGUCCUUGCUACGUCUGAGUUCAUCUGGAGAUAGCCAGAGUGAUGCGAUUAUGGCGGUGAUGGAAUAUUUCAAAUGGAAUAAAGCAGUUAUGAUUACUUCCAGUGAUGAUUAUGGUGCGUUGAGUAAUAAGUAAUAUAUACAGCAUGACAAAUAGCAACAACAGCAACAAUUUAUUCAGUACAUAAUUACAGUAAUUAUACACUAUAAGAAAAUUAAGUUUGAACGGCACUGGCUCCCGAAAUAACUGAAAAGCUAAACGAGUCAUGGAGCCAUUGCAAUAAAAAAUAUUACUCAUAUUUAUGUCCAGCAGACAGAUGAGUACAACAAUCAUAAAAUAUAUAGAGAAUUUCUACCAUAAUAAUUACCGGGUUAUUUCAUUUGAUAUCCGCCUCAUCGAGAAACUUGGAUUUGUUCAGGGAUAAGGUGAUUUUUAGCUCUAAAAUUCUUCAGGUUAAGGUGAUUUUUAGGUCUGGAAUUCCUCAGGGUAAACAAAUUUUACUAUGAAAUUCUUUAUGGGUUGGAUAUUUUAAAUGAGAUUUCCUCACUGAUUGAAUGUAAAAACUUAAAUUCGUCACUUGCUGAGUAUGGAUUAAUUGUUAUUUCACAUUUAAUAUCUUCCAGGUUCAAUGACCUUUCAACGUCUUCAACAUGCAUCCUUC